UUAAAAACCUACCUAACCUAGUCUUGGUAUAUAAUGAAAACUUGAUUGGCAACUGUGGGCAUUUGCGUUUGCUUUUCUGUGAUAAACGAGCGAGUUGUGUUCGUAGGUGGUAAUAUAAGCCGGUUGGUUAUCUAUUUUCGUUGUUACUAAGUGCUUUUCAAUUGGGAAAAUGACUAAGACAAAAUUCUACUACUUCAACCUGCGUGCUCUGGGUGAGUCAUGUCGCCUCCUGCUGACCUACACCGGCGAGGAGUUUGAAGACAACCGUGUUGCCAUGGAGGAGUGGCAAGAAAUGAAACCAAAAACGGUGUUCGGCCAGCUACCGAUCCUGGAGGUGGAUGGUAAGCAGUACGCGCAAAGCAACGCGAUUUGCCGCUACCUCGGCCGUAAGCACGGUCUCGCCGGUGCCACUCUUGAGGAAGACCUCAUCAUUGACCAGAACGUCGAUUUCCUCAAUGAUAUUAGAACCAAGGCGGCCGCAGUCCAUUACGAGAACGACGAGGCGGUCAAAGCCAAGAAACACGAGGACUUUUCCAAGAACGUCUACCCCGCAAUGCUCAGCAAGCUUGAUGAAAUUAUCAAGCAGAAUAACGGACAUCUCGCACUUGGCAAACUCACUUGGGGUGACUUCGUGUUCGCUGGCAUCUUCUUGUACCUGAAGACUAUGCUGCAGAUGCCCGACUUGGAAGAGAAAUAUCCCAGCUUUAAAAAGCUCUACGACACCAUCUUCUCAUUCCCCAAGAUCCAGGACUACGUGUCCAAAUUGCCAACGCCAGUGUACAACUUUUAACGCACCUAAAACAUUACAACAUACAACAUGAUGUGCGUAAAAGAUUCAUCUAAAAUUUCUAUUAAUCAUUCUACAAUAUCUGAUAGGUCUAUAAAACAUUGUACAACAUCAGACAUAUCUAUAAACCAUUGUACAAUUUCCAACAUGUCUUUUAACGAUUGUACAUCAUCUAACAUGUAUAUUAACCAUUGUACAAUAUCAAAUUUGACCUUAAAUCAUUGUACAAUAUGUAACAUGUUUAUAAACCAUUGUACAAUAUCUCGCAUGACUUUAAACUGUUGUACAAUAACUGAUAUGUCCUUAAACCAUUGUACAACAUCUAAUAUAUAUUUUAACCAGUGUACAACAUGUAACAUGUCUGUAACAAAUUGUACAACAUCUCUGACAUGUCUGUUAACUAAUGUACAAUGACUUUAACUGUAUUUGCAAGCCGGUGUACACUAUGUUACCCAGUGUACAAUAUGUAACAUGUCUGUAAACAAAUGUUGAACACAAGUUAUAUAAUACAAUUAGUGUAACAUAUAUGCUUUGAAAACAAUGGUGCAUAAAUAUAAUAUGUCGUAAGAAAGAAUUCCAUUAUUCGUUGUCUUAAUAAUUUUAUCUUUGAAUUACAAAGUGCCUUACAUGUUGCAUUAUUAUUUGAUUUUAUUCAAUAUUUUUAGUUUAAAGAAAUGCACAAAAUAUAAAAUGUGUUUUCUAUAUUUUCGAAUAAUAAACAAUUGUAUUAC